AACUGGAAACGUUCCCAAUUGGAUUGGCAGCCUCUCAUCUUGAGAAUUCUGCUCUUGAAAGCGAAUCAUUUAGGAGGUCAAAUUCCAAUUCAAGUAUGCCUUUUGCAGAAUUUAAGCAUUUUGGAUCUUUCCUACAAUAAAUUUUCAGGUUUAAUUCCUCAUUGCUUGAGUAACAUUACUUUUAAUGCAUCUGCCCAUGACCCUUCUUUAAGUGGUAUACAAUCGGGGGCAGGUCAAUACAGUAUUUUGUCAUUAUAUUUGAACACAAAGUCAAAUUUUAUCGAAUUUCUCCCUGAUGAUAUAUCUGUGUUUAACGAAUUUGUGAAUGUUGAGGAAGAAGUAGAGUUCACAACAAAAACUAGAAAUUACUCCUACAAGGGUGACAUCCUCGAGUACAUGUUUGGAAUUGACCUCUCGUGCAACAACCUAGCAGGUGAAAUCCCACUGGAACUCGGUAGGAUGAGCAGCAACAUUCGUGCAUUGAACUUGUCACACAACAAUCUAUCCGGACCAAUCCCAGUAACAUUCUCAAAUCUAAUGCAAAUAGAAAGUUUGGAUCUUUCCUACAAUAAUUUGAAUGGCAAAAUUCCACCUCAGUUGACUAAAAUGACCUCUCUAGCGGUCUUCAUUGUGGCACACAACAACUUAUCAGGAGCAACACCUGACAGAAAAAAUCAAUUCAUUACUUUUGAUGAAAGCAGUUAUGAGGGAAACCCUCUCCUAUGUGGGCCUCCAUUACAUAAUAGUUGCACCAAAAUGAGACCACCAUCUACAAUAUCAGUGGAUAUUAAGGGGGAAGGUGGUAGUUUCAUGGACAUGAGUGUCUUCUACAUAAGCUUUGUGGUGGCUUACAUGACUGUCCUGCUCGGAAUUGUUGUAGUUCUCUACAUAAAUCCAUAUUGGCGUAGGGCGUGGUUUAACCUCAUUGAAGUGUGCAUUGACACUUGCUACUGCUUUUUUGUGGUUCAUUACCAUAAGUUGUUCGAUUUCAGCCUUGCAUAGCCUUGUAUUGCUACUAUUUUGUUGUGGUUUAUUAC